UCCUCAAACCUUCUGGCCAUCUGAACUAGAUGGUUAAUUUUGCCAGACUGAUACAAACCUGAAAACAAUCCUGAAAGUGUCUUACCUAGAUCCUUGGGAGUAUUCCCCUUCCUUCUUCACAGAUGCAUUAAGUAGCAGGAACAAUGGCAGGCGCUGGAGAGCGCAAAGGAAAGAAGGAUGAUAAUGGCAUUGGCACUGCCAUUGAUUUUGUAUUAUCCAAUGCCCGACUCGUACUGGGUGUUGGAGGUGCUGCCAUGCUGGGGAUUGCCACCUUGGCUGUCAAACGGAUGUAUGACCGGGCAAUCAGCGCUCCUGCCAGCCCCACUCGCUUGAGUCACUCAGGAAAGAGAAGCUGGGAGGAACCAAGUUGGCUUGGAUCAUCGUCGCGGUUACUAAACCAAGAUAUGAAGACUAAUCUUAGUCGUUCUCUUCAGACUCUUCCCACUGAUCCUUCAGCUUUUGAAACAGACUCGAUGAAACCAAUGAGGCAUAAGUCACCUGCUAAGAAAAGCCAGGUGGAGCUGAAGAAGUCCCGGCUAAGAAUGUCCUUGCAAGAGAAGUUGCUUGCCUAUUAUCGGAGAAAAGUGGCCAUUCCAGCAGAAGAGCAGGCCAAAGCCAAGCAGGCUGCUGUGGAUAUCUGUGCUGAACUGCGUGGAUUUCUCCGUGCCAAGCUCCCGGACAUGCCUCUGCGUGAAAUGUAUUUGAGUGGUAGUCUGUGUGACGAUUUGCAGGUUGUGACAGCUGAUCAUAUCCAGCUCAUAGUUCCUUUGGUGCUGGAACAGAACUUGUGGUCAUGCAUUCCAGGUGAAGACACCAUCAUGAAUGUCCCUGGCUUCUGCUUGGUACGUCGGGAAAACCCAGAAUACUUUCCUCGUGGUAGUAGUUAUUGGGACCGCUGUGUGGUGGGGGGUUACCUCUCACCCAGGGCUGUGUCUGACACCUUUGAGAAAGUAGUUUCAGGCUCCAUCAACUGGCCAGCGAUUGGGACCCUUCUGGACUAUGUGAUCCGUCCAGCACCACCUUUGGAAUCUCUAAUGUUGGAGGUCCAAUAUGAAAGAGACCGCCGCCUUAUAAUAGACUUCUUGCCAUCUGUGACAAUAGGUGACACUUUCUUGGUGGCCAAACCACAUCGACUGGCCCAAUAUGAUAAUCUAUGGCGACUCAGCCUUCGUCCAGCAGAGACAGCUCGCCUACGGGCUUUAGACCAGGCUGAUUCUGGCUGCCGUUCCUUGUGCCUCAAGAUCCUUAAGGCCAUAUGCAAGCUGAACCCAGCAUUGGGUCAUCUUUCUGCUAGCCAGCUUACCAAUGUCAUACUACACCAGACCCAAGAGGAGACUGACUGGUCACAAGAUGUGCUAGCUGACCGUUUUCUUCAGGCACUGAGAGAACUGAUUGGUUAUUUGGAAGCAGGCAUUCUUCUCAGUGCUUUGAAUCCCAAGGUGAACUUGUUUUCAGAGCUUACUCCAGAAGAAGUGGAUGAGUUGGGCUACACCCUGUAUUCCUCCCUUUCAGAACCAGAAGUGCUGCUUCAAACAUAACAGUUGCCUUAUGUGUGAGAAGAUUGUUAGAGCGACCACCCACUACAGGUUCUCUGAUACCUCCUGAAUGAAAUAUGCACACCUUGCCCCAUUGUUUUGGCAAGUCCUCCUGUUUUUCUUUUGUAUUAUGCAGAGGAGUGGGAUUAGAUUUCUUGGUGCUAUUGGUCCAGUUCCACUACAUUCAUAGUUGCUGUCUGAUAGGGAAAUAGGUGUCAUGGAACUACUGCCAUUCUGUCAUAUAGUCCUUGCUGGUUUCUCAUGUCCCGGCUGCCUAUGCCAAUGCUAUGCACUUCCUUUUCAAUCUUCUAUACCUUGCUACAGUGUGAUCUCUUUAAUUCUCACCUUGGAAAGUGUGGAAUUGAGCCACUGGCAAUUUUUAAAAGGACCUAAUUGAGGUGAUGUGGUUUUCAAGGGGUUUGUCCCUUGCUGUUUUUGUGUUCUGUUUGUGUGUGCGUGUUACUUUUUGUCCCCUUCACACAUGAUAGCCUAAAAUAAGUAUUUGAAUUGAAGUAUUUAUAAGAGGGAAUGUAUUUGUGGGAGCUCUGUGCUUUGAUUGUAUUUAUAACAUAUGAGAGAAGAGAUUUCUAGAAAGAGAGUUUGCACAUUGCAUAGUUUUUCACCAUUAUGGACUUAACUUAAUUUCAAUUUGGGGAGUUUAGUGUAUAUUAUCCAAGGUACAUUAUUUUGCCAUCCUGGCAUAAUUUAUCAAACUUACACACAUGUAACACAUAUGGCUCUCAUUACAACCUAUAUUUCACAAAGAGGUAAUAAGUCCUUAUAUGGUGGAGAUAGGGAAAGUAAUUUCCUGUUUGUUGCUACUGAGAUCUGUUUUCCAUGGGUAAUUGCCUGAAGAAGUAGAACCUGCUAGUCCUUCCACUAAUCAAUAUUGUGAAGCAGAGCAAGGAUGUCUGAAACUAAGGCGCUGUCUCUUUGAAUAAUUCAUGUGUGAUUUCUCCAACUCUUGAUGAAAAUACAUUGGGUUAGUGAAUCUGACAGAGUGAUAGAAUAUCAGGACUUGAUCUUCAGUAUAUUGGUAAACAGGAUUGAUGGGUACUAUUAUGUGCCUUCUGAAAGUUAGCUAAAAUUACUAGCUAUAGGAAGAUAAAGUUAUGGGAGAAGGCAAUUUCAAAAAAAUGCAUGUUAUACUUAAAUCAGGAGAAAUCACUUCCUGUUCUUUCUGUCGUUAGCUCAUGCAAUCUCUCUUUAUAUAUUGUCCCACUCUGAAGAUGUUGAUACUGCUCUUGGGAGGUGUUCACUUUGAUUUCCUGUUUUAAAAGCAAGAAAUUAGCAUUGACUAUAAAUGUGUUAUCUCUCAGGAGUAAAUUUGGUUCUAUUACCACAACUAUCACCAAAAGAGUAAGAGAGUGUACUAUAAGUGAUGACACUGUUUAGUAAGCAUGACAAGAACUGCUCUGGCAACAAAUUUAAUUCUGCAGAUAUUGUUCCUCUGUUUUUAUAUCUUAAAUAUCCACCCUUCCCAUUCAAAGCUAACAUAUAUAAUGAGAUAAUUUGUUAGUAUAGGGAGUCAAUAACAAGCACCCUUUCCUGUUUCCUUUGAAGGUUGUACUUUGUUAUAGUUUAAUUUGUAUACUCCAGUCAUGCAGGGUAUCCCUCCUCCCCAUUUGUCUGUUCAAAUCAGUUUAUCUGCUAGGAGAUGGUAUUUACACAAUUUACACAUUACUGUUAGACAGCAAUGGAACAGUGUUUCAGUUAUUUAAGCCUCAUCAGACUUCUCGCCAAAGACUUGGGAAAACUGUGUGUGGGCGUCUGGCAGUAGCCUGGAAAAACACCAGAUUUUUUAAAAAUGCAAUACUGGAGCUGUUUUUCCCCAGUACUUUUGAAUCCCUCUCUCUCCCUUCUUAGGCUUCCUUCAAGUAUGAGUCUUCCUGUCAUCUGUGCUGAUGAACAAGUAUGCAGAUUUGGGGAAGACGGAAACAUUGCUAUGAAUAUAUAAUUAAGGAGUUACAUAAAAUCGCGCAUUCACUUCACAUACUUCAUUUUUCCUGUCAUUAUACUGCUUGCUUCAGAGUUUCACCAUGGUCAAGAGAUCCUAAAAUUAUGUUGGGGUGAAGGGAAGAAAUCUAAUGUCUCCUGCCUUCUAGCUUGUCAGAUACAUAUCAUUAUAUGUUCAUUUUUUAAAAAGUCUUUCAUUUAUUAGAACCAUAAUAAACAUUUCAGCCAUUUCUUGUUGCCAUGAAUCUGCAUGUGUAAUGAAUGUAGGAUUAGGCCAUGUAGGAUAAGGCCAGACACUUUUGUUUUCGUCACUUCCAUUGCCUUAGCUGUUCCUGCCCAAAAAGUAAGCAUUCUUUUCUUGAAGUACCUAAAAAGAAGACAUAUUUGUAUCUACAUGUAAUGAGGCAGGUGCAUUAUAAUUCCGGAAGCAGCAACUUAGAGGUCUUGCCUUUGGGACUCCUUACAAUGUCUGGUGAUGUAGUGAAUGAGAAGAAUGCCUUAGGUUAUUCCUCAUUUCUGUGGAGGGUGAUGCAUCUUACAUAGUCUUUAGGAUGAUGCAUUGUGCACUGUGUUGCACUAAUGCUACUUGUGACUAGAAAACUCACUCUGAAAAACUGUUAAAGCUGAAACCUGUCAGUAUUCACACACACAAAAAAAUGCAUGUGAGUAUGUUUAGUAGUUAUUGUUAGGAAAGCUCAGUCUUAAACGUUUGUGAACCCCUCCAUCAAACAUCAGAAAGUACGUAGUGUGAAGUGCAGCUCAUAACUGCUUUCCCAAAUUGUGAGGGAAGAGGAGCCCUUGGCAUCAAAUGUCUAUCAAAAGCCCAAGUCUCCUCUUGUCCACUUGAGCCUUGAGAAAGCUUUGGGCUAUGCUAACCAAUGUGACGUUCCCCCUGAACUACAGAAUGGGGACCAGGUAGCUCAACAGCAUAUUUUUGUUACUGUCAAACUUGACGAUUGAUCUUCCAAGUCCAAUGAAAUUCUUCACUUGAGAAUUAUGUAAAUGAUAAUAGACCUCUUCCAAUGUUUGUAUGUCCAUGAUAUUGAAGGAAAAAGGAAUGUGAUACCAGAGACUCUUAAGCUCUAUGUUGUGUAAAGAGGUUGAAAGAAGGUGUGCAUGGCUUGUAACAGUGUGUGGAAAUUGUGAAAUAAAGUAAUUUUCCACAA